GAGGGAGCCCGGGGCGCAGCAUCCUGGCGCGGGCCUGGCCGCCGCCGCCACUGCCGUCGGGGAAGGUUCCAGCGCGGACAUGGCCUUGCGCGGCGCUCUCCCGGGCCCGAGCCUCCCACGCCCGGCGCAGUAGCCCCGCGAAGAGGCUGCCUCGACGGUGCCCACGGCGCAGAAGGCCGGGUGGGCGGCAUGGAGGCGGCGCACCUGCUCCCGGCUGCGGAAGUGCUGCGCCGCUUCUCGGUGACUGCCGAGGUGGGCCUGAGCCCCGCGCAGGUGACCGGCGCGCGGGAGCGCUAUGGCCCCAACGAACUCCCGACGGAGGAAGGGAAGUCCCUGUGGGAGCUGGUGCUGGAGCAGUUUGAGGACCUCCUGGUGCGAAUCCUGCUGCUGGCUGCCCUGGUCUCCUUUAUCCUGGCCUGGUUCGAGGAGGGUGAGGAGACCACGACAGCCUUUGUGGAGCCCCUGGUCAUCAUGCUGAUCCUUGUGGCCAAUGCAAUCGUGGGCGUGUGGCAGGAACGCAAUGCUGAGAGUGCCAUCGAGGCCCUGAAGGAGUAUGAGCCUGAGAUGGGCAAGGUGAUCCGCUCAGACCGCAAGGGCGUCCAGAGGAUUCGUGCCCGGGACAUCGUCCCUGGAGACAUCGUGGAAGUGGCAGUGGGAGACAAAGUCCCCGCCGACCUCCGCCUCAUCGAGAUCAAGUCCACCACACUGAGAGUGGACCAAUCCAUCCUGACAGGGGAAUCCGUGUCUGUGACCAAGCACACAGAUGCCAUCCCAGAUCCCAGAGCUGUCAACCAGGACAAGAAGAACAUGCUGUUUUCCGGUACCAACAUUGCGUCGGGCAAGGCGGUGGGUGUUACCGUGGCCACAGGCCUGCACACAGAGCUGGGUGAGAUCCGCAGCCAGAUGGCGGCAGUGGAGCCAGAGCGGACGCCGCUGCAGCACAGGCUGGAUGAGUUUGGGCGGCAGCUGUCACAGGCCAUCUCUGUGAUCUGUGUGGCUGUGUGGGUCAUCAACAUCGGCCACUUUGCUGACCCAGCCCAUGGGGGCUCCUGGCUCCGCGGUGCUGUCUACUACUUCAAGAUUGCUGUGGCCCUGGCUGUGGCCGCCAUCCCCGAGGGCCUCCCAGCUGUCAUCACUACAUGCCUGGCGCUGGGCACACGGCGCAUGGCACGCAAGAAUGCCAUCGUGCGGAGUCUGCCCUCUGUGGAGACCCUGGGCUGCACCUCGGUCAUCUGCUCCGACAAGACAGGCACACUUACCACCAAUCAGAUGUCAGUCUGCAGGAUGUUCGUGAUAGCUGAGGCUGAAGCGGGCUCCUGCCAGUUACACGAGUUCACCAUCUCAGGCACUACGUACGCUCCUGAAGGCGAAGUGCGGCAGGGGGAGCGGCGUGUGCGUUGCGGGCAGUUCGAUGGGCUGGUGGAGCUGGCGACCAUCUGUGCCCUGUGCAAUGACUCGGCGCUGGACUACAACGAGGCCAAGGGUGUGUAUGAGAAGGUGGGAGAGGCCACGGAGACAGCGCUGACUUGCCUGGUGGAGAAGAUGAAUGUAUUUGAUACCGACCUGCAGGCCCUGUCCCAGGUGGAACGAGCCGGCGCCUGCAAUGCGGUGAUCAAGCAGCUGAUGCAGAAGGAGUUCACCCUGGAAUUCUCCCGAGACCGGAAGUCCAUGUCAGUGUACUGCACGCCCACCCGCCCUGGCCCGCUGGCCCAAGGCAGCAAGAUGUUUGUGAAGGGGGCUCCUGAGAGUGUGAUGGAGCGCUGCAGCUCAGUUCGAGUGGGCAGCCGCACAGUACCCCUGAGCACCACCUCCAGAGAGCAGAUCCUGGCCAGGAUCCGGGAUUGGGGUUCAGGCUUGGACACACUGCGCUGUCUGGCACUAGCCACCCGGGACACGCCCCCAAAGAAGGAGGACAUGCAGCUGGAUGACUGCAGCAAGUUUGCACAGUAUGAGACAGACCUGACUUUCGUGGGCUGCGUAGGCAUGCUGGACCCUCCGAGGCCCGAGGUGGCUGCCUGCAUUGCCCGCUGCCACCAGGCAGGGAUCCGCGUGGUCAUGAUCACAGGGGACAACAAAGGCACAGCCAUGGCCAUCUGCCACCGGCUUGGCAUCUUUAAGGACACAGAGGACGUGGCAGGCAAGGCCUACACAGGCCGAGAAUUUGAUGACCUCAGCUCCGAGCAGCAGCGCCACGCCUGCCACACAGCCUGCUGCUUUGCCCGUGUGGAACCCGCACACAAGUCCCGAAUUGUGGAGUACCUGCAGUCCUUUAACGAGAUCACCGCCAUGACUGGAGAUGGGGUGAAUGAUGCCCCAGCCCUGAAGAAAGCAGAGAUUGGCAUUGCCAUGGGCUCCGGCACAGCUGUGGCCAAGUCGGCGGCAGAGAUGGUACUGUCGGAUGACAAUUUUGCAUCCAUCGUGGCUGCAGUGGAGGAGGGCCGGGCCAUUUACAGCAACAUGAAGCAGUUCAUCCGCUACCUCAUCUCUUCCAAUGUCGGCGAGGUUGUUUGUAUCUUCCUCACGGCAAUUCUGGGCCUACCCGAAGCCCUGAUCCCUGUGCAGCUGCUCUGGGUGAACCUGGUGACAGAUGGUCUACCUGCCACAGCCCUGGGCUUCAACCCACCUGACCUAGACAUCAUGGAGAAGCCACCCCGGAACCCUCAUGAGGCCCUCAUCAGUGGCUGGCUCCUCUUCCGAUAUCUGGCUAUUGGAGUGUAUGUAGGCCUGGCCACAGUGGCUGCCGCCACCUGGUGGUUCCUGUACGAUGCCGAGGGACCUCACAUCACCUUCUACCAGCUGAGGAACUUCCUGAAGUGCUCCCAGGACAACCCACUCUUUGCUGACAUUGACUGUGAGGUCUUCGAGUCAUGUUUCCCCACGACCAUGGCCUUGUCUGUGCUGGUGACCAUUGAAAUGUGCAACGCCCUCAACAGUGUCUCGGAGAACCAGUCGCUGCUGCGGAUGCCACCCUGGCUGAACCCCUGGCUGCUGGCGGCCGUGGCCAUGUCCAUGGCCCUGCACUUCCUCAUCUUGCUCGUCCCGCCCCUGCCCCUUAUUUUCCAGGUGACCCCACUGAGUGGGCGCCAGUGGGUGGUGGUGCUCCAGAUAUCUCUGCCUGUCAUCCUGCUUGACGAGGCCCUCAAGUACCUGUCCCGGAACCACAUGCAUGAAGAAAAGAACAAGCAGUGAGUGUCAGCGGCGCAGUGGAGUCUGUGGUGUACACCUAAGCCUGAUGGUGCCCAAGCGUUCGCCCCCACUCCCCACCCUGCCACCAUGCUUGCCUGCUUGCUCACUGGGCCCUGUCAAGGUGACAGCCAGCCCCCUGACCAGGCCGGGGGCUCUCUCCCUGCUUCCCUCUGCCUGGGGGCUCUGUACUGUUUGUCUCUGGCACUCUCCCUGCAAGUUCCUCCCUGGAGCAGUGGCCCAGGAGCCAGCAGGGGCCUGACCAGAAUCCAGAGCUGGCAGGAGAUGGAGAGACGCCAAGCCCUCUGCCCUCAGACCCACAAGCACAGUCUGGAGCCUGCUCCCCGUGCUCAGAGGCUGGGCAUUUAUGUACUGACGGAGGGCGUCUGGAGGCUGCUCUCCCCAGCUCUGACCUCCCACUUAGUGCCUGGUCUGGAGCCUGGUCAGCUGGGGGUAGGAGAGGGGACAUCUGGGUCCAGCUGUGCACCGCGAGGAGUGCAGGCAGGCCCCCCAACUCUGCUCAGCUUCCACAAAGUUGGCUCCCAAGGGCCUGAGCCUCUUAUGUAUGCUGGGGAUGGAGGGGUCAGAGAGCCGACCUGCCUCAGCUCGGCUCACCCCCACACCCAGGCUUCCCUGUCCUAGCCAAAUGACAUGCGCCGAGUCUUGGUGCUGUCUGCUCUGCCAAGCUGAGGCCAAUUUGCCCUCUGUGUCCCUGGUGCCUGAGACCCCAGAUGUCCUUGGGUUCCUGACCACCGUGUCCUUCCAGCCCAUCCCAGUGCGUGGUCAUCUCUCGGUCUGCACGGCUAGGUGAUUCUGCAUCCUCUGCACUCGGGGGCUCACUCUUCGUGCCUGAGCCCACGCACCCGUGGACCGAGGGGAUGGCCCUAAGAAGGGCUGGUCACCAUGUCCUCUCCCUCUCUCCUUGCUGGAGGAAUGAGUCUGGGUGAUCGGUUCAGAUGACAGGAAAAAGGGUUUGAUGGACAGAAAUGGUCUCUGAACUCAGCUUUUGCCCCUUUGGCAAAAAGUAGACACAGAAGAAAACAGUCAAUGACUGUGUUCUCGCUCCUAGAAAGGGUACAAAGUGAUUGUUUUUUAUGGAAAUUAAAGACUCACAUCCCUGUCCUGGUCCCCAGAACCGAAAGCCCCCCUCCCUGCCUUGCAGACAAAUGGGCUCUGGGUUCUGUGGCCCCUUCCCGCCCCCCACCUCAAAGGUUCUGGGCGGCUCUCCCCUGCUGCCCCAGAGGGGCUCAGCUGCUUUCCUGCUGGGGAGGGGGCAGGGCCCUGUCCCCACCUGCUGACAUGCAGUUUGAUAGAGAAAUAAAGCCCGAGUGCCCGGGGCGACUGUUUCCCUGGAGAGUGGUCCUGC